AACAUGGCGUCAAUGUCUUCGUCUUCAAGUGAAGAAAUCUCCAUCCCCACGCCAGCACCGACCGCCUCCGCUGUCUACACUAAAGCCAGCGAUAAUGUUUGUAUGUGGAAGCAGCAGAGUUCGGACGCCUGUGACUCGCCUCGGUCCUGCUACGAUUGUCUGAACUCAUCUCCAUUCGACGGCGUCGAGUGCGUUAUUACAAGUGCAGGGUUGUGUACUACCAUGUCAGACUACGUGUGGCAGGAAGACUACCGUCUCAACCGCAGCGACGCCGCCCCGCACUACUUCCCUUCUACCAACACAACCUACUGCGAGAGUAGCGACCCCGUGUGCGUCGACUGCGCGGCGAAUCAGUUCAUCAAGUCUGCGUCCGGCUCCGUAGAGCCGACCCAGUAUUGCGUGGGAUCAAAUGGCUGCGUGUGUGUAGGCUACUGCGAGUCGCCAGUAUACUCAGCCAAAGUAUCGAACGCGUACUGCGCGACAGUGAACUCCACGCCCAGUGUAAGCGUCAUGGGCGUCUCUAUGGCCGACAUCAUCACCAUCGUUAUUCUGUGCUUCGCCAUUCCCGUGUUCGCAUACCUGUGGUGGGUGCGGCGCCUGCACAAGCGUCGGCAGGCACGCGAAGAGGCCUAUCGCAACCGACAGCCCGUGAACGGCCCGUUACUGCCGCUUGUGGGUUGGAAAAAAUACUGCGCCGAUCUGGCGGCGAACCAGACGGCACUUGCGGGCGCGGCGGGGAACGAAGAUGAAGUGACGACGCCCACUGCUGUAGCGACCGAAUUGGAAACUGCUACGGUACCGUCGGCACCGCUCUCAAGUUUGCAGGUGGCUACACUCUCAAUCGAGUUUGAGGACCCGCAACAUCCGCUAACUGCAGUGACGAGCACUGGUCGACGUCGAUCGAGUCUUGACAACACAAACGUGGUGCGAGCACGACCGAGUCAACCGAUUGUGAGGAGCGAAGAGGACAGUAAGGUGGAGGAGUUUGACGAGCGUUCGACACCGUAUGCUCAACUGGACGACCGCACAGCUUAGUGUAGUAAGUGAAGUUAAUAUGAGUGCUUAGCUGUGAGAAAUGA